AUGCCGUUUAAGAUUAAGGAGGACGCUGUCCCCAACACGUUCUCCCUGAUCUUUGCCUGUACCUGCGGGGUGAUCCUGGGCAUCGGUUUCUGUGCCAACCUACUGGUGUUCUCUCUGUUCGCCAAGUACAACACCCUGAGGAAGAACCGGCUGGACAUCCUGCUGCUCAGCAUGGCUCUGGCAGACUCCCUCACCCUGCUGCUGAUACCAUUCACCUUGCACUCUGCCGUCAGCUACUCGUGGCCGCUGGGGGACACCUCCUGCAAGGUGUACCAGUUCUUUCUGGCCUUCUCCCUGGCAGCCAGCACCUACAGCCUGUGUGCCGUGUCCAUGACACGGGCCAUGAUCAUCACCAACCCCUACCACCCUCCUACCAUGGACCUGGUGGUCCUGAUGUUCGUCUUGGUCUGGGCAUCAGCCUUCUUCAUCAGCCUGCCUCUAAGGAUCUUCGCCACCAAGGAGAGCCUGGGCCCGGGCUUGGGUAAUUUUUCAUUCUGCCUGCCCACCAUACAGGAACACCACUAUCAGGUGGUCCUCAGCCAGUUCAUGCUCUACUACUUCGUCCCCAUGCUGGUGAUCGCCUUCAACUACGUCCGGCUUGCCUGCUUCCUCCACAAGAGCCCAGUCAUGUCUGUGGCCAGUGCCCGCAACACACGCCGAGCCUCCCUCAUGGUGUUCCUGGCAGCCGGGACCUUCUCCAUCUGCUGGCUUCCCGGGUACAUCCUGGAGCUGUGUGUGUACCUUGAGCUCUACCACCACGGCCAGUCCUGGGAGAUGUUCUACUUCAUCUGCACAGUCCUCCAGUACCUCCACCCCUGUGUUAACCCCGUGCUCUACGUGCUGCUGUCCAAGAGGUACCGUCACCGCAGGGGUUCCUGGUUGUUUAACUGCAACAGGAAUAGGGUGCAGCCGCAGAUUGUCAGCAUCACUACAGAGACUAUGUAGACACACUGAUCGCGAAGGGAGCUGGCUUUGCUUUGACAUGGU